GGGGUUGUACAAGAGGACGGUUUCACAACUGUUAAAGAGGCUUCCCCGCCCACGAUCACCAGCAGUCACACCCGCGGCGACAGAGCUUUCCUUUAGAGGGGAUCUUCACACAGAAACCCAAAAAAAUUACUCCAGACGUUGGAGAGCCAUCUGAGUGAUUUGUCCACGCCUCCUCUUUCCACACAGCAACCGUAAAAGAAACACGUUUUGUGGGAUUUUUUUUUUUUUUUUUGGCGCUUCACAACCGAUCGGGGAAUAGAACCCGCGCGUGAUUUGAUUCACUCGUCGAGUGUGCACCUAUUUCGGGCUCUUUUUCUUUAAGGGGGGGCAACGGUGUAGCCUGUGAAGUCUACACACGUUUGUGUUAGAAACAGAUCCUCGCAGACAUGGAAUUGAGCUCAGUGCUCUUAACGACCGGGAGCUCCGUCGGGUUUUUCAGACUCGUCAACACCGGGUUCAGAAACCUGCCCACGCCUGAAUCCGCCCGCAGGAACGCGUGGAAGUGGAGAAACAUCUCGGCGUCCUUUGUGCACAGCGGCAUCACUGCGAUAUGGGCCGUGCUGUGCUUUUUCCUGCACCCACAGAUGGCAGAAGAUUUGAUAGAAACCCACUCUGUGUUUUCUCACGCUUUGGUGUCGUUUUCUAUCGGUUACUUCAUCUAUGACUUCCUUGACAUGGUGAUGAACCAGAAGCUGAGUCAGUCCUGGGAGCUUCUCUUCCAUCACGUUGUGGUGAUCACCUGCUUCGGCCUCUCGGUGCUGUCCUGCCGCUACGUUGGCUUCGCCGUGGUGGCCCUGCUGGUGGAGAUCAACUCCGUGUUCCUCCACCUCAGGCAAAUGCUGCGUAUGGCCGGCAACGCGGUGGGCACGCUCUACCGGGUCAACAGCAUCGUCAACCUGGGCACGUACGUGGUGUUCCGCAUCAACACGUUGGCCUGGAUGACCCGCUGGCUGGUGCUCAACAGGGACAACGUGCCCCUGCUGGCCUACACGCUGGGCAGCGUGGGAAUGGCCAUCAUGACGGCCAUGAACAUCGUCCUGUUCUGUCGCCUGCUCAGGAGCGACUUUCUGAAGAGCAGCACCCGGGAGACCAAGAAGGAGAAGGAGAUGUAAGGACAUGGGGAGGAAGGGAGGAAACGAGGAUUAUGAUCUGUAAACGCACUCAUUACCGUAUUUUAACGUCAGUUUUGCUACCGCUUUAGUCUGUGUGCGUGCGUGCGUGCGUGUGUGUGUGUGUGUGUGUGUGUGUGUGUGUGUGUGAGAUGCCCAUAUAGUGGGAGAUGGAGGAAUCUUGUCGUCUUGCAUACUGUACAGUUACAUCCAUACAACAUGUGAUCGAGUGGCCUUACGUGAAACACUGAUCACAGCUAAAGGUAAAAGCUACAUUUUGUUGUACUUUUAGGCUUGUGUAGCAGUAUUGUGUGGCCCAAUAAUCCCGAAGUGCCAUAAGUGGUUCACUGAUGGCAGUUUCUUUGUGUGAACAGUAUAAGGUCUUGUAGAACAACACAAAUAGCCUUAUUUCCUAAAGUAAGUUCUAAAGUGUAGCUUACAGUAAGCGAAGAUGCUCGUGAGACGAACCCACUGGCUCAUUAUAUUCCCAAAGAUGAAGUAGGACACGACUACAAAUAUCUUCAGAAUAAUCUUUUUAUUUGCCACUCGUCCAAACUCGUUUGUUGUUCAACGCUCGCACUGCGGAGGUGAAUACAUCUCACUUUCUUUUUUUUUUUUUUUUCCUCCAACAAAUCUCAAGUAAAGACGCCUGCUACCUCAGAAAGCUUCUUUCUUUUGCCUCACUCUUACACAAGCUCUGCUUUCAGUGUUAGGAAAGCUCUUUGAAAACUUUAAUGUGGCAUCUAAAUAAAAUAGUUCGGAUUUGACGACACAAUGUAGCUAAACGGUGUCGUGCUUCGCCAAAUUCAUUUAAAACAUCUUCAAUAGAGAACUUAAAAAUCAAUAACAAAAUAUGCGAUGGUCAAAGUAGGUUUUAUGUUCAUUAUAAAUAUACAUUAUAAUCCUCAAAACGACUCGAGCCUCUCGGAUCUGCUAAACGAUAGUAUUAGUGUUUGUAAUUCUUUUUGGAACUGUAUUGAUUGGCUAAUGGAUCAAUUACACGGCCAAUGGCCUCAGGGUGCAGCCGUAAUGGAAGUUUUGAGAACAUAACAGGUUUAAUGACAAUACAUUGCGCUACUGGACUAAGUGGCGCUAAUGUUUUCAUGGUGCAUGUGUUGGGUCGGUGAACUCGCAGUAGGAGCUUUCAGACCGGCAGAAGUUGUUAUUCCACAUUUGGCCUUUGGAGGACAGCAGACUCCUCCUCAUCAUCCCCUCAGUGAUCUCGGUACAGGCGUCACCAGAGACGUCUUCAUUUUUUAAAUUGUUUUAAGCGUUUCGGUCAACCUGUGCCUCCUGCCUCAUGUUUUGAAAUCCCAGAGGUCGUUGUUGGAACAAACAGGUCUGGGAUCUGUGAAUGAAGAAAACUGCCCGGCUGCCAUAAGGCUGCAUUCUCUCACCACUCACAUUACAUCAUUGCAGCGCUCGUGUGGACCAGAUACAUCUGAUGCCAUAUACGAGUGUGUGUUUUUUUGGUGAGGAAUCUUUGUAAGUGUAUUUGAAAUUUUAUUUGUGCUAAAAAAUAGAAGUUGUGGAUUAAACAAACAAAGUUUAUUAAUUAUACCUAUUAUAAAAAAAAAUCUUGAUGACAGUGACGUAAAUGUGAUUGUGUAAGUUGUGUUGUUGCAGCACAUUAUGCCUCUCGGGUCUUAUAUUCACUGUAGCCAAAUGUAUACAGGGGGGGAGGAAACUCAUCGUCGUCAGGCCCUAAAACCAGGCUGUCCAACCACGUUACUCACACAGGGAACAGACAUCACACUCCACUCUGUUCCAGAUGGAAAGAAACUUCAGAUACAAACUGUGAGUUAAACGACGUAAACGCAGACCCUUACAGAAAUGCUUUGUCCAUCUUAAAUUCAACACCACUGCACUGAAAAAAUGACAGUUUGGGAGGGAGACGGUUAAAUUUGAUUUACCGUUAUUGAGAAUUCUCCGAUUUUAAGAUGAGGGUUGUUGUUUUUUUAUUUGCCCUUUUUCUUUAAAUUAGUUUUUUAGGGCAGCUUGACUUUGUGGUUUUAGUGAAGACAACUGGUGACUAUUGAAGUUCUUACUAACAAGCAAGCUUGUAUUUGUAAAUAUAUUGUAUGAGGCUUUAAUGUUAAAGAGAGUAAUCUGAAUUAAGCGUUAUGUGGCUCCCUGCUUUUAUGAAUUGUGAUGAAAUGUGACGGCCAGGUUGAGAUGGCUCCACACAACAAUGUCGUAAUGACACUAAAACGAUCCACUGUUGUGCUCUCUGCAUUCUCAUUUCUGCUCUUUCUUUUUUGUUUUUUUUUGCGUUCAUUCAAACAGUUGAUUUCAAACCGUUCUGAGGCCAUGGAUGAUUCUGUUUUUUUUUAUAUUUCUCAGUGGUGAACACAUGGAAAACUAUUUUUCAGGACAGAGUGCGGCAGCAGUUACGACUGUUGCCACGCUCCUUUCUCACCGAACACGGGGAACGUGGUGUUUCACUGCAUCGGUCUCACACAAUGAGAAAACCCACACUUUUCUCUAUCACAACCUACAAAUGAUGCAGUUUUACAGUUUUUGCUGGUUCAUUUAUUGUUGUUUUGUGGUGGAUGGUGAAAUAUUGUCUGUUUAUAAACAAUGAAAUUCACAGUGAAGACUGUUUGCACUGUGCAGAAUUAUCAAAAUCUUUAAAAAAAAAAAUGUUGAUUAAGGGGAAACUUUGGAUUACUGAAGCUACCAAAACCAACUGAGGUAUUGAUUGUCAUGAUUAUCAUCUGCUUUCUCGGAGUGGCAACUUUUCACAGAAUGAUGCCUUUAGGUGUAAACUUAACAGUUCUAUUUUCCAUGUUUUGCCAGAUUGAUUUGUAAUUAAAAGUUCAAUUUAUAUGUUUAUAUAUUAACAUUAUUUGUUUUACGUGAAAAUAAAGAUUAAAGAAACAA